AAAUUCUCGAAGAUAACGACCAAGAGAUUAAAAAAGUAUCUUCAUGGGUUCGCUCUCACAGCCCACGCAGGAGGCACCGAACAUUCUAGCCCUCUGUGGUGUCAACGGCAAGGCAAAGCGAAGCCAUCAAGUUCGCCGUCCAAACCAGCAGCAGCCUCCAUCGGACGGCAGAGAGCAGCCGCUCGCCACUUGGAUUCAAACGCCCCGUCACUCUAAUCGCGUAGAAACUACCAAAUUACCCCUAGCCCCCUCCCUCAGUCUCCCUGCAGCUGCUCCGUCGGAACGGACAACCGCGGCCAUCCCCCAGCCCCCCCUCUUGCUGCACACUCGCACUGCUAGGGUUCGCUCGCAAUCCAGCCUCUACGCCAUGGCGAAGACAAAGCAAGGGAAGCGGGACGUCGACGCCUACACCAUCAAGGGCACCAACAAGGUGGUCCGAGUGGGGGACUGCGUGCUGAUGCGGCCGGCGGACACGGACAAGCCGCCGUACGUGGCGCGGGUGGAGCGGAUGGAGUCGGACGGGCGCGGCGGCGUGCGGGUGAGGGUGCGCUGGUACUACCGCCCGGAGGAGGCCAAGGGCGGCCGCCGCCCGUUCCACGGCUCCAAGGAGCUCUUCCUCUCCGACCACUUGGACACGCAGAGCGCGCACACCAUUGAGGGCAAGUGCAUCGUUCACUCCUUCAAGAGCUACACCAAGCUCGACAACGUCGGCCCGGAGGACUUCUACUGCCGAUUUGACUACAAGGCCGCCACCGGUGCAUUCACCCCCGACCGUGUCGCCGUGUAUUGCAAGUGUGAGAUGCCGUACAACCCAGACGACCUCAUGGUGCAGUGUGAAGGCUGCAAGGACUGGUUCCAUCCGUCUUGUAUGGGAAUGACCAUUGAGCAAGCCAAAAAGAUAGAUCAUUACAUGUGCUCGGAUUGUGCUGAAAAAAAUGGUGCAAAGAGACCCUCAAAUUCAUACCCAGUUUCACCAAACUCUGAUUCUAAGAUCGAAUCAAAGAGGCGCAAGAGAUAAAUUCUGGCAAAGGAGAUCGAUAUGGCGUCUGCUCCUCAUUACUGAUGCAUAUUGAGAUGUACACUGCGAGAGAAGAGCCAAGCCAAUUGUAGGACAAAACUUGCUUAACUUAUCAUUCUUCUGUGUAUUCUGGGGACGUUUCCUGCAGCUUAGACAUUUAGUGUGAUGAGUAGGUCAGUCAGUCCCCUCCCCCGCUGCAGCGCGCGCAUGAUCAGCUGCUGGUGGCGGGAUAAGUCGGGAAAUGCUAGAGCGCUGAUGAUUCUGUCGAUGUAACUUUAUCGGGUUGUGUGUGUGUGUUUUAACAUAUGCACUGGCUGGAAACAUUCCCAUGUGUGAAUGGGCGAUGCUGAUGAUAGCUUGACUGCUGUUUCAUAAUUCAGUUAGAUGUUGCCAAGCAAAGACUUGAGAUAAUAUUGAGUUCGAUCUUGAAACUUGAAA